AUGUGUGACGAAGAAGCAUGUGAUGUGACGUGUGGUGCCCCUAGCUCUCAAAAGUCCAUGUCUUUGGCAUUCGUCGUUUUUCCGCUUCUCAGCGCGCUAGCAUUGAAACAGACGGCAGGAAACGCCUUUUUGGCCGGUCUUGGUCCUAUUGUGCAAAAGCAGUGUCCAGCAAUGUUUCUCUCAGCUGAACUCACACCAUACCGAAUACCAUACACACAUAUAUCUGCAGUCGACUCUACCUUUUGCAACUUUGUUGCCUUUUUUCAUCUUGCCUUCACUCCAGAGGUCCGUCCGCUCUUGGAGUAUUUCUUCGGCACUGCAUUCGCGUUGCUCGCUAUUCCGGCUUUCGAGGCCGCGAGACCUGGACGUCACUCUUCUCUUGCACUUCCAGUGAUCUAUGGACUUUGCAUGCAGCUCUUCACUGUUGCUGCAGUUCUUCCCAUCUACUGGCUCGUAUUCAUCUUCACCGGGGCUCACAGACGGGAGCCUCAAGCGGGAAUUUCUAUGAUUUCCGCGGGCCAUGCGCAAGCCAUCGUGUUCGGCCUAAUUAUCGGUGUAGCCGUACCUUCCGCGUGUCUUCUCGUGCUGCAAGACGCGACAGUCACCGCGUUGUGGCAGCUGUUUCCGGUUUGGCAGUAUAUGGCGCAGUCAUUUCAUCUGCUCCUCCGUCGUCCUGUGCCCCAAGAAUCCGGUUUUACCUGGAUCCAAGUACUCUACGCAGCCACCUUCAUGCUUGCGUCGUCGACACAUCUAGCUUUCGUUUUCGGAGACAACAAUCUCAAAGCGAUGUUUGUCCCUUCGUUUGCACCACGAAUUGGCGCUGCCCCGAAUUUACAAGUGUUGGACCUCCUGCAAUGGGACAUGGGGCUUGCUUUCGUUAGCACCUUGCUGGCUACCAUCUCUUUUGGCAAGACGACUACCCAGAGGUUUCGUAUUUUGCUUUGGAAUAUUGUAUCCAGCUUUGUGGUAGGACCAGGGGCAGCAAUAGCGGCAGUCGCAUUAUGGAGAGAAUCUCAACUUCACAACAUUCCAACGACAAAUUAA